CCCCGUCUGGGCCACCGACGUCAGUGUAUGUAACUGGGAUUGGACCAAGAAUAUUACAAAUAUUCUGGCAACCGCCUGAGGCUAAAAAGCAAAAUGGCGAUAUUAUCGGCUACCGUCUUUGUGUAAAGGAAAAGCGUUUCUUGUCUCCUUGUCGAAAAUACGUCACUACCACGCAGAUGAUGCACACAGUGGACGAAUUGAAACCAUACACUGUAUAUAAUAUCCAUGUUGAAGCCAAGACAGCCCUUGGUUAUGGACCUGCACAAUAUCUAGACCAUCGAUCUGGGCAAGCAGGUAACCCAAAUUAUUCUUAAAUCUUAAUAUUUUCAUUCAGCCGAAGUAACGAAAGUUUUUGAACUUGCAACUGUGUACAUGAACCUUGGGAAAUUACAGGGAUUAUUUAAUCUUUAUCUUUUUCCCAGCACCGUCAGCUCCACCCAAGGACGUUGCCAUCAGAUCCGUGAGCUCGGAUUCAAUUGAGAUCGUGUGGGGAGCUCCCGAUAUAGAAACACAAAAUGGCAUCAUAGUUAUGUAUGAAGUUACUGUCUAUCAAGAAAUGUCAGACUCCAAAGUUCAGAAAAUUACAAGCUCUUCAAUGCGUGCCAACACUACCUUGUGGAAAGUCUACGACCUAAGCUCGCUAACUGAUUAUAUAUUUCACAUUAAAGCCGGAACUGCGGAAGGAUUUGGUCCAGCGGUCAUUAUUCAUAAACGUAGUGACGGUAGGCUAACAUAUCAUUCUUAUAAUGUCUAUUUAAAGGGGAAAACAGCCAAACAUUAUCUAUUUCUGCCCGUUUAUAUGGUCCGACUUAAUCAGGACAAUCAAUUCAUCAAUUCCCAGGAUUGGAUAAUGAACAUCUCGCGUUUGAAAGUCGAUCCGUUUCUGAUUUUGGAAUUAUAAAUAUUAUUUUUUUAUGAAAGCCAAAUCAACAUUUUCAGUCAUGUUGCAUAAAAAAUUGUAUGUAACGACUUUUAUUAUUUGUAUGCACAAAUAAUAAUGCACAAAACCUGCUAAAGUUUCAGUGCAAUAAACUGGAUUUUAAUAGGCUAAUUGACUAUUUUAUGAAAUCUCGCAGACUCCCAUAUUAGCCAAACUCAUCCGUUUUAUCAAAUAUUUUUCAAAAAAAUGUAAAAUUCCUGUAGUAAAAUUGUAACAAAAUUAGUCAGUUGGAAUUGGUACAUUUAAUAUGAUUGGUCAAUUCAAAUACAGGAAGUUAUGAAGUUUCUAAAGAACUUCCUCAAAAUCUUGAAGUAUUUAUUGAUCAAUAUUUUUCGGAACGCUUCAGGACCUCCUGGCACGACUGUAAGUGGUUUCUAGAAAUAAUGUUACAAGUAUGGCGGUUAUGAUAAGAGUUAAUCUUAGGGUUAGCUGUUUUAGACGAAGGUUAUAGUAUUGGUAUUAGGGUUGCAUGGAAUUAGGAUAAGGAUUGAGGUUGUUACUAUAGCAAUUGACUCGACUUAUGGUCACUAUCUAGAUACUUUAUAUAUAUUGGGAGGAAUUUUUCUGCCCUACUGAUUUUUUUGCGUUGUACCGGUCAUAUUUAUUUGGAGGUCGUAUUGCAAUUUUGGUACUCGUUGCCUUGAAGUUUAUUGUGGACUAAAAGGUGGUUGCCAGACGUGCACGUGGUACUACUACUUGUAGCUCUCAAACGAAUUUUUCGUUGUACACUGGAGUGUCAGAAUAAUAUGAAACUAGUUUUUAUAUGUCUGAAGAUGGUUCCGAAAUAAAAUCACAAGCAAUGCUUAGAGGGAUUUGACAGGUUUUGGUAUUUUUGAGUGAAAUGCCGCAAUGUGUAGUCCUUUGUAACAAGCUUUAUAUUAAUGUUUGUGGUUUUUAGGUCGCAUUGGGCAACCAGACAAAUUUUCUGAAGGUACGCAAAAACUCUUUUUUAUACGAUAAAUUUAGACGGUUAUGUCGGUGUAUAUAGGUACUAAUUACUUGACAGAUAAAUAUAACGAUAAAUUGAAGUCUGAAAGUUGUUGAAUUAUCUCCGUGAAGCCUCAUUUCUCUGAUAUAAUCUUCAGUCACUGAGUUUAUUUAAUCUUAUCUUCUAUAGCCUUUCUACAUAUUAAAAGUUUGUUUAUAAAUAGGUUGACUAACAUCUCAUAAAUCUGAGUUCAUGUGAUCCCCCUGAACAAAGUUAAUCCCAGGGUAGAAAUAUUUUAAUUUGUCUCUUCAUAAAUAGUCCAACAUUAUUGCUAUUAGCCUCAGGAAAUAUUAUUGGAGGUAUAAAUUGUAACAUUUCUUGACAAUUUCAGGAACUAAGCCACUACACACUAGUUGAGUGCAAUACAGCUAGAGCCUGCAUAUUAAAGCAAUGGGCAUGAUUGUUAAUUAACAUACUGUAUACAUCCAUAUCUUAUGUUGGUUUAGGUAAACUGACUGCAGGAGGUAUUGCUGGUGGAUCUAUCAUGUUGGUUGUGCUAAUCACUGGUUUAAUACUCAGUAUUUUAUGGAACAAAGGAAUGCUGCCUCAUACUAGGUAUAUACAAGGGGCUGUUAGUAGUGCUGUUAGUAGUGCAGUUAAAGUAGUUAAUGCAUGUCCUCUGCAACUGAUUUCGAUUUCUGCCAUAUGCAGUUGUUUGAUUUUAAUUUCGCCUCAGCCGCAUUGAAGAAGAAUGCUUCCAGUUUUUUAUACCGAAACCUACAGGGUUCUCCAGGUACUCCAACUUCGUCCUAUAUAUAUUUAUAGUGCGCCAGAACGAGAUAGCUUUAUUUAGUCUGUAUGGAGAACAUAUAGACUUUAGAUUUGCCCCUAUCAUGACACUGACACUAAUAACGUAUCAGAUGCCUUAAGCUUUUGAGAAAACAGAAUACUUAACAAUUAGUCGCCGAUGGCGAGGUGAUUACAAGCCUAUAUUCACUGAGCCGAAGGCGAAGUAGUAUCAUUUCAGUAUUGAAAACGUUUUAUUUAUAAAUACAAGCUUGCCCGGUGUGGAUAUGCACUCAGAGUGACUUAUCACAAGCAUAAUAUUCACCUGAGUACAUUACACCAACACAGAAAAAAAUCAAGUAUUACACGUGUUAAUAUAUUCUAUGAAUAUAAUUUGCAUAAAUAAUUUACUUCCGUCUGAUUUUCAGCCAUUUUUUUGAGAAAAGCAAUAGUUACUGCUUAGAGCAGUCUGAGCAGUAUUAAACUAUUGCCUCAGAGUUACUGCUGAAGCCAAUCAGAAUUCUGAUUUAGUGAUUGGCUUCAGGAGGGAGCUGAGGGAGCCAAUAAAUCAGAAUUCUCAAAGGCCACUUUUCAAUACUGAAAUUAUACUAAAUGUAUAUAGAACUGACAGACUUAUCGAUAUAAAUAUAUUUAAACUGUGUGUACUGACUGAGCUUCUAAUGUGUAAGGCUACUGUGGCAGAUGCAUUGUUCAACUAUGAGACAAGAGGGUGAAGAUUUUUGGUCGAAAGUAUAAUAUACUCCGCGGAUCUUUUAAUUUUUGGCAUUCCACACCGGCCAUACUAAUAUUGUUCAGUAUUAAUAUGAUGACCGUUGUGUUGUGAAGGUGAAUACACUAUCCCGAACAACGUCACAAUUUGGGUUAGGAUAUUAAGAUUAUAUUAAAUUCGAAGGUUGUCAGUACGGAAAUUGACCCAAAUUCGUGAGUUAAGUUGUGUUUCCUAUAUAGAACGAGAAAAUUAAAACUUGAAUCAGAACAAAAACAAAGACGGAGGAGAAGACGAAAGCGCCGUCGACGGCGAAGAAGGAAGAAAAAUAGGUUUGCGUUUGAAACGAAUAUCAUUCUUUAGUUUAUAUUGAAACUGUAGCGAAAUGCAUAGGCGUACGGGGCGGGGGGGGGGGCAGAUUGUUGGGCAGACUAGGCCAUCGGGGCCGUCGGGCAAUAUUCGCUUCACAGUCGGGCAAUAUUGGCUUAUUAUAAAAAUAAAUAGGCGAAAUUCUCUCAAUAUUAGAGGAAAUAUGCUAUAUAAUAGUCGAAAAUGGUGGAAAAAUAUAAAUAUUAUAAUAAAUUAUAAUACAUUCCAAUUUGCACGGGAAAAUUUUUUUUUGACCAGUCGGGCACAAUGGGAAACAGUCUAUCAAUUUUCUUUCGUGUAAUCAACGAUCUCAAAACGUUUUGGCAGAGAAAAACAAACUCAGUGGACAGUGAUAUUAUGUUAUGCAUUAUGUUUUGGAUGUCGCAGUUAUGCUGCAUAUUUUCUUUUGAUUCUCACUAGAAAUAUCAUUCGGCUGGUUUUUUUAAAAAAGAGCGUUUAAAAAACUUUUAUUAAUUUUCGCGAAAUUGUUAAUGUUUUAUAUAUGUGUGAAACGUGAAAUAGCUGAUUCGUAGGCCUCCCCCCCUUAUUUUUACCACCCUCAAUACUUGAGUUUCACGAAAGAUUUAAUACUUAUUCAACGUAGACUUUUUUGAAUUUUCAUACUUUGCCCCCUUCCAGAUCUCCGCUAUACAAUGUUGGUAUUUAGGUGAUAUAUGUGUUACAAAUCUACUUUAUCUGAAUGCGUAAUCAAUAUUGUUCAGGGGGGCGGGGGAGGGGUAAUCAGAACAAAAGGUUAGUUCGAUUGAAAAAAAUACUCAUAUUUUACUAAAUGUUUUCAAAUUUCGACACACGUUCCACUAAGUCUAUGGAUAUACAAUAAAAAAUGAUAAAAUCCAAGAUUGUAGUCUAUAAUUAACCAAUAGGCGUACGAUACAGGGUGGCAAAUGCUAGGAGAAAUCAAGAAAAUUCGGUUAUUUCAUUACAAUCUGGUUAUUUCAGUACAAUAAUCCUUAAAAAUUCGGGCAAACUGCCCCCGGAAUGCUUUAGCCCCGUACGCCUAUGGAAAUCGAACGCGACACUGCGAUUCUGGCUCUGAAAUACACACAGCCCAAUUGUUAUUUAUCUCUCUGGUUUAUAUAUUAGAGGUAAUUUUCUGCAUAUCUACAUAUUUCAGUGAGCCAGCAGUAACAGCGGUUAAAAUACAUGCCUCGGAUUCUGUAUAUUCUGAGAUGAAUGACUAUGACGCUCCAAAGCAGAAAGGUAUGUGAAUUUUUGUUUGAAAAAAAUACAAAUUAGGCAAGAGUCAAGCGCUAUCCCGGACGUAAAUCAGGCAUGGUAUAUGGGGUUAUAAGGUACAUGAAAAUAUACUGGAUCAUACCCUCAGAAGGAGGGAACCUGGAAGGAGAAGUCUAUCCAACUUCCAUCUUGAUUUUGUCUCAGAGAAACAGGCUUUUAAAAUGUUGACUAUACAACGAUCAAGUACUUUCUUCUUUUUACGGUUAAUUAUUCCAACUUGCCACAAUUUCUUCAAAGCAUCUUGAGACCCCCCCCCCCAGUCAUCAGGUGGUCGGCAAAACUUGAGUCCCAGUCGGCAAAACAUGGAUCAGUUUGGAUAAGAAGAAAAAAUAAAAAUAUUUGAGUGACACCGAUUAAAAAUUAAGAAUGAUAGCUAAAAUGUGGAGAAUUGACGAAUACAUUAGGGAUAUAAGUGAAUUUUGCAUUGUUAUCAAGGGCAAUUUCGCUGAGUCAUUAAUAUUUCUUUUCCCAAAAUUGUUAGCGAGCGGGAGGAGGGGAGGGAGAAGUAGCGGCGGCUCAACAUCAAAAUAAAUUUUCCCGGCAACAUAUUUGCCAUCUUAUUUUGUGCUUAACCAUCAUUGUUCGUUUCAUUUUUCCCUCCCCCCAUUCAAAGAGGUCUAGUGCCACUCGUUUCCCUUACCUAAAAUCCUUAACAAUUCCUAGUUACGUCUUUAUGCAUGAGUGAUGCAUGUGUCUUGGAUAAAUGAUAUUUCCUUAUACCCGAAUACUUUCUAAAAGUUAAAUGGCUUUUGUACCAGUAUCACCUGUAUGCUAACCCUGGCCGGCUUGGUGAAUACCUUGAAAAUUAUACACAAGAUGAGUUCGAGUCGCAAAUGAGUUGAGCUAAUAAUUUCUCUUGAGAACUUGUAUUUAAAUUAGCCCACACGCCCACGUUUCUGACCGUAAACAUUUUAAACAGCCCACUUUUCGAAAUUUGUCAGCCACUUGAUCAUGAUUCCUCUUGGAUGAAACAUGCAGGCUGUUGUGGCAACCUGUUGAGGUAAAACAACUAAAUUAGUUUCCAUAUAUUAAAUGCAUUUGCUAACCUGUCUACAAUUUUUCGUUGAUCUUUAAAGGGAAUAUUUGCUGUUUUCUUGUUUCCAAAACUUUUGUAGUUUUUGUGCCCCCCCCUGUGAUUUUUAUCAAGACUGGAAUUUUUUUGUAGUGUAAUUUAAUAGGAUUUGGUACUAUUAAUCGCAUAUUAAAACACUGUAAUUCUAAUUGAUUUCUAUACAAUUCUAACUAGAACGAGCCUUGUAAUGAUUGUAUUUUCUUGUUUUAAUAUGAUAAAACUAUAAAGUUUAAAGCAUCACUUAAAAUGCAAGAAUUCGUGUUUCAGUGACCCUACAAUAAACAAAUUCUGAUGGUUUAUACCUCAACGUCUCCUAGAUGCGCCUCCCUUGUUACAGGACUAUAUCACUGAGUUGAAGCGAGUAAUUACAACUUUCGCUGGCGUUUGACCACCAAAUUUCAUCGACUCUCAAGCAUUUUCAUUAAUUAACUGAAAUAUUCGGUCUACUUACCGAUAAUAAAUCAAUUGUGAAAUUGACGAAUUUUGGAUGAUAUAUAGUAACUGAUCUUAAAACGUUUUUAAAAAUUUUUUUUUAGUGCAAAAUCAUAUUACAGGUGAAGAACUUUAUGGCACUGCUGGUGAGAAUAUUUACUCUACCGGAAAAACGAUACCCCAUCCUGAGAUAUAUGCACCCGUUGCAAAUGUCGUCGGUCAAGAUAUUUAUGGCACCUCGGUUACUGCCACCAUGCAGGAUAUAUACAGUACCGCACCCCCCGGAAUGGAUAUCUACGGUACUGCUCAACAGGUUAUCAAUGGAAAUGCUCUCCAGUCAGGAGGUGAUAUUAAUGGGAUACGAAAAUCUAAUACAAUUCUGCCAAUUAUUCCACGACCAUCAGUGUUACCUCCAGUUGUUCCUCUAGAAGCAACUUUGUCGUCUGGUUUUGUUAGACUGUCUUCCACAAGAUUAAAUGACCCGGAUUUCAACUUAGAUCCUAAAUCUCGUUCCAACACCACUCAAAAUCUUUCAUCUAUUGCCUCUAAUGCAACAUCUCCCCCCGUACCCCACAUGGGUACUGGUAUUCAAAGCACCCGAAGUGCUACUUCAACCGCCGUUAUCCCGCAACCAUCCAAAUUCACACCAAUUAUGUCUACACUAGCACCUGCCAUAAAGGUUGAUACCGCUUCCUCGAGGGUUAGUUCUAAUCCACUAUCAAAUAUGCAUAAACCUAAUGGCAUUGAAUCUUUCGGUACACCAAGUACCCGUCAUCAUUCUACUAUGCAGCGUAAUUUCAUUGACUUGACGUCAUCGCAUAAUCCACAAGAAACACGUCAUAUAGCUGCUUCUUCUAAACUUAUCCCUGAGAUCUCACAUCAACCAUCGAUACCUAUACCGUCAAUCUCAAAGAAAAGGAAAUCAACUGUUCCUACUGUUGAUUUAUGA